GGCUGUGGCUCAGCUCUCGGAGGGAGUUGAGCACCAGGCAGCAGUCUCCAGCCAAGCCCCCUGCCAGCAUGGCCAGCGAGUUCAAGACGAAGCUCUUUUGGAGGGCAGUGGUGGCUGAGUUCCUGGCUAUGAUCCUCUUCGUCUUCAUCAGCAUUGGUUCCGCCCUGGGCUUCCAAUACCCGGUGAAGAGCAACCAGACAGCAGGUGCGGCCCAGGACAACGUGAAGGUGUCGCUGGCCUUUGGGCUGAGCAUCGCCACACUGGCCCAGAGCGUGGGCCACAUCAGUGGCGCCCACCUCAACCCGGCCGUCACACUGGGGCUGCUGCUCAGCUGCCAGAUCAGCAUCCUCCGGGCCCUCAUGUACAUCAUUGCCCAGUGUGUGGGUGCCAUCGUCGCCACUGCCAUCCUCUCAGGCAUCACCUCCUCCCUGCCCGACAACUCACUCGGCCGCAACGAGCUGGCCUCUGGCGUGAACUCGGGCCAAGGCCUGGGCAUCGAGAUCAUCGGCACCCUGCAGCUGGUGCUGUGUGUGCUGGCCACCACUGACCGGAGACGCCGUGACCUCGGGGGCUCAGCCCCUCUUGCUAUCGGCUUCUCUGUGGCCCUGGGACACCUGCUGGCGAUCGACUACACCGGCUGCGGUAUUAACCCUGCCCGGUCCUUUGGCUCCUCGGUGAUCACCCACAACUUCAAGGAUCACUGGAUUUUCUGGGUGGGGCCAUUCAUCGGGGGAGCCCUGGCAGUGCUCAUCUAUGACUUCAUCCUGGCCCCACGCAGCAGCGACCUCGCAGACCGCGUGAAGGUGUGGACCAGCGGCCAGGUGGAGGAGUACGACCUGGAUGGCGACGACAUCCACGCCAGGGUGGAGAUGAAGCCCAAAUAGAGGCGACCUGGCCCAGGCACCCACGUGGGGAGCGGGGCCAGGGGCGGGCGGAGGGAGGGGAGGGCUGAAAUCCAUAUUGUAGACACUCUGACAAGCUGGCCAAUGUCACUUCCCAAAGACCCGCAGGAACUGCGUGGUCAAGCCUGAUUUGGGGCUGUUUCUAUCACUUUCUUUCUCUUUCUCUGUUUCCUGGCCUCGGGGCUUCCUGGGGACCCAGAUUUACCAAUUACUCACUCCCUUGAAGUCACGGAGGAGGUGAAAGAGAGGGACCUGCCCUGCUAAGUUGUCCCCUCAGAGUGUGACUGGAGGUGUGCCCGAAAAUCCCCCUCAUCUCCAAGUUGCUCACCAACUCACCUGCCGCCGGUGCCUGGGGCUCCACUGUUAUUGCUUUGUGCCUUUGGGAGUGGCCCUCCUUCUCAGAACAUGCACUUUGCUCCUUAGGGUGCUUUGAGGGGAAGAGCCCGCACGAGGGGCAGUGGUGGGUGCAAGUGGCAGAAAAGCUUCGUCCUUGCAGUGCAGCUUGCUUCCAGCCCCGUCCUCCCCCCGCCCCCCAACUGGACUUGCUGCAUGACCUUGGGAUCAUCCUCAUCUCGGGGCCUCAGUGACUCCAUCUGUAAAGUGGCAGGCACACGGAGAGUUAUCUGGGCCUGAGGCCCCUCUGUAGGAUUCUGUAAGUGUAGACACACCGCGGGUUCGGCAAGAUGUAGUCUGGACUGGCGCUUCUUCUCCCAUUUGCCCUGGUUCUCUCCCCGAGUUUAUAGCUGUACCUAGCGUCCAUGUGAACACGUGUACAUAUGCAUCCAUGUUCAAAGCAGAGAGCAACACAUAGCACAGAACAUCGGAAGUUCCCGUUCCUGGGCAAGCAGGGCUCAUUCCUGUGCAGGGGCUUCCCGGACAGGGUCUGCUGUUGCAGAAGGAAGGCUCCUCGGAGGGUGAAGGAUGAAUACUCACGUCCCUUCACUGAGUCUAGCUGGUAUUUUCCACCCGUUGUCGCAUCAUCUUGCUCUUUAUUCGGUUCUUCACUUCCUCCAGUGUAGACACAGGUCACCAUUAUGCAGGUGUGUUUAUUAAAGGGCAGCUGGUUAUCUGAAGCCCCAAGCCUGAGGACAGAUGACCAUGAUGUGGAUCAGCUCACGGAGGCAGAUGCCCUUGUUGGACCCUUAGGGGGGCUUCCAAGCCCCUGGCUGGUCCUGGGAGGGGUGGGGAGGAGCAGACUCCCCCCUUAUUCCUGAGCUCCUGGUUGGAGGUAUUUCAGCAGCUGGGUGAUCUGCACAGGCUCCCUGUGUGACCCUGGGCCACAGCCUUCUCUUUCUCCUUUACCUGGAGGGGAGAGGCGGCCUUGACCUGGUGAAGUGGCUACCACUGCAGCCCAAGGACAGUUCAGAGUCCAGAGUCUGCUUUGGGGGCAGCUAUACACACAGUCCACUCAACUCCACCAGGGCCGGAGCAGGUGCCCCUAUGUGCCUGUAGCCACGACAGUAACAAAAACUGAGAGACACAACAUAGGUAUCUAGAAGCAGUGGGACGACCAGGAGGCCCUAAUGGUCACUGAUGCAUCACGGUAUCCACACACUCUCUUCUCCAUUUCUUAGCAAGGACUUCUAGCCCAUUUAACAGACAAGGAAACUAAGGUUCAAGGUCCCACGGCUAGAUUAUGAUUUGGCCAGGCCUAGCAGCCGAGGCCAGCCUCUGGCUACUCCCUGGACUGUGAGAAUGGCUCCUGUCAUUCCCAGCUUCUUGGUUUCUGCCUGGGCAAUGGCCAGGGGCCAGGAGGCGUGAGGCUUGUGCUGGAGGGGAGAAGGGAGCAGACCCGCCCACUGCCCAGUUCUGGCUGCUGCGUACCAGGACCCUGCCUCUGUCUGCUCUGCAUAUAUGUCUCUUUGGAGUUGGAAUUUCACUAUAUGUUAAGAAAAUAAAGGAUAAUACAGGUUGUCCAAG